AACAAUCCGCGACGCAGUUCGGUCAGUUCGGUGUUUGGUCUCGCGGACGUCAUGGACGCGUCGAAGAAGAAAAAAGCGAAUAGUAAUCGCAUGUGUAGCGUGCCUCAGUGCUCGAACCGUGCCGUAGCGGGAGAGGUGAGCCUCCAUGUCUUCCCGCGAGACAAGAAACUGCGGAAAUUGUGGGCUGCAAAGAUGCGCAUCGGCAAGAAAAUCACCGGUGAAAUGUAUGUGUGCAGCGAGCACUUCAGGCAGGACGACUACUUCUGGAGUCACCUUGAUCGGAACCUAAAGCCUCGUCUGCCGCGUUUGAAGCAAGGGGCCGUGCCUUCACAAAAAAUACCUGUACGGACGCACGAAACGCAAGUAAAACCCAGGCCAAAAAGGAGGAAUGUGACAGAGGCCAGCCACGGAAAUCAAUCAGACGAUCUACCGCCAGCUGUGGGUCGGGCGGAAGGUUGCGACUGCUUGCCCCCAGUCGUUCCAUGUGCAGCCGAAAACUGUGAUCAGCCUCUCCAAGUCUGGCUACCUGCAGUAAGCUCCUGUCCAAGCAGCCAUGUAGGAAAUGAAGGGAUGCCAACAGGACACACAGAAGCAGAGGUGCAAGACCUCCUUCAUGAAUUACAGAAACCACCUAGUGCAGACAAGGCAGUGCAGGCCAAUGUACCACAUGACAUGGCUCAGAAGUUUAAGGUCACCGAACUUCUUACUACAGAUUCUAAACUGAAUGCCUUUACAGGAAUUCCAAAUAUGACGCUUCUAAACAAGAUUGUCCAGCUCGUGGAGAGGCACGAAAGAGAGAAUAAGUUGGAAGCCACUGCGAAAGAUAGAGUUCUGUUAGUCUUCAUUGUUCUGAGGCAUGCUAUUUCAUUUUCAUCAGUUGGUGUGCUCUUUCAAUGCAGUGCAUCAUCUGUGCAUAGGUAUUUUGUUCAUACACUUCCUCUUCUUGCAGCAAUUUUUCAGUCAGUCAUUGAAUGGCCCUCAAAAGAGGAGGUGUUAAACAAUACACCUUUGCACUUUCAGAAGUACAGCAGAGUAAGAGGGGUUGUAGACUGCACCGAAAUUGCAGUUGAACGAUCAGGCUGUGUGACGUGUCGUCUGCUGACGUACUCCCAGUAUAAAUCAACCUAUACUGUUAAAUUUCUUGUGUGUGUCAGCCCGGGAGGUACAAUCACUUUUAUUAGUGAUGCAUUUGGUGGACGUGCAUCAGACAAAGCUAUUACUGAACGCUGCGGCCUUCUUGAUAAGUUCGAGUCUUUCACCGACGAUAUAAUGGUCGAUAGAGGUUUCUUUAUUGACGACCUAUGUGCAUCUCGUGCUGUGGGCAUUGUUAGGCCCCCAUUCUUAGGAAAGCAGAGCCAGUUUUCUGAAACUGAAGCCCUGAAGACGGCUGACAUUGCAAGGGCGAGAGUGCAUGUUGAAAGGGCCAUACAGAGAGUGAAAAUAUUCAAAAUGUUUAGUUGUACAAUACUGUGGGAAAUGCUGCCGCAUGUUGAUCAACUGUUUACUGUAGCAUGUGGCAUGACAAACUUGUGUUCACCAAUACUGGCUGAUGAUAAGUUUUUGUAGCGAGAGGUUCUUUUUCUGCUGCUAAAUUGGCAUCACGUGCCAUAUUGGAGAGACCUGGAUUGAUUUGAGCCUUUCAGGGUUCUCUAGAGCACAGUGAAAUAACAAUACAAGCAAGGAAAGCUUAAACAACUGACCGCUUUAACUUAUUCCGGCACAGUUCUGUGCGGCAAGGCAGAAUGUUGGAAGAGUUUCACAGCAGACUUAGGUGGGUAUCCUGCUACAAUUACACGCACCCGUCAAGUAACAUAGUUUGCUGGCUAUGAACUGAUUAUAAAUUAUGUAUGCAAUGGUGCAUAAUUUUACGCUAAGUAUACAGUAUAUUACUUCAGAAAAUGUCAUUCGCCUUUUUUAUGAAAUGCAUGUUUAGUUAUUUUAUUUCUUUGAAUGUACAGUACUCACACAUUCAAAUGCAACAUCCACCCGCGAGUACUGUCACAGGGUCAUGACGUCGACGAAGGCAGCAGUCGGUGUGUCCAAGACAAAACUCUUUAUUUGGCCGAACUUGUGGCCGGGAAAUGGAAAGUCAAACUACAGCAAUACACACUGUACACUGAGAGCGGCGAACACAGCGUCGGCCGUCGAUAAACUGCUCAGCGCUAAGGCGCGUCGGCAUUUAUACAUGCGACAUCGAACAUUUUAGCCUUAUCGCUGGUGGCCGCGUUAGUUCCAGAAAAGACUCAGCUGUUCGCGCUUCCGCACUCCAGUCUAACAGAUCAUCCCAAAGUAAUCAGGGAUGUUCCCAGACAUUGUGGCGCAGUUUGCGCAAGGCAGUAGUAACGCGUGUAAGGAGGCGUUAACAUAAAACAUGGAGAGAAAGGAGCGCGUGUGGCAGUACGGUAUCUUACAAGCCUCAUGGGGUACACUUGAGUGAGUGGAGUACAAUGAAUACAUGAUAGAAAGAAAAACCGACACAUGACAAAAAUGUUUGCAAAACAGUGCUACAAAUAAAAUUGAACGAGAAAGCAAUACUAAAACUUGUUAGAAAAUAUUGAAUACAGCAAAAAUUGAGAACAGCAAUGAAGUACAAUCCAAGAGCUACAAGAUUCUGCUUAUGAAACAACAUUUUAAAAGUAAGGGUGAGGGGGAAACGCGACAGAAGUACUAAAAAACACCUAGUAAAACAAAAAAAAAAGAGCGACAGUUCACAAUUGCAUACAAAACAACUACAUGCGACAUUACAUUGUGAAGUUUUGUGCACACUUUUACCUUUUGCUUAUUUCUGCAAGUUUAGGAAG